AUGACCUCAGACUUACUCGAGCGCCUAAACCGGGACGGCUUCGUAGUCAUUCCCUCGAUCCUAUCCCAGCAGCAACUCACCAAACUCCGAGAAGCCACUCAAACAGCCACGGCGUUGGCCCGGUCUGGAGGAUGGCCUAACGUACGGACACUGCCCAAGCAGUUCCCGCCAUGGCCGCUCGCCGGCCCCGAACCGCCGAAGGAGGGCAUCUGGGGUGUGCAGGGAAUGAUGCACCCGGAUAUGCCCAACAACGACGUCUUCAUCCGGACUUACUUUUCGGACGCCGUCAUUGAGCCGACCAAACAACUGCUCCAAUGCACAGACGAUGACCUGGUCAUGGAGCUCUUCAACCUGCUCAUUCGGCCAGACCACGACUUCGAGUUACGGUGGCACCGGGAUGACAUCCCGGCCACAGCCACGGCCGAGGAGGAGCUCGACCGGCUCAACAAGCCAGCUUUCUCUGCGCAGUGGAACCUCGCCCUGUACGACGAUUCGAGUCUCAUCGUGGUUCCUGGAUCACACACAAGAGCGAGGACCGACGUUGAACGCAACGCAGAUCCGUACGAGAAGGAGAUCCCCAACCAGCUCCUGGUGGAGUUGAAGGCUGGCGACAUCGUGUUUUAUAACAACAACAUCUUUCACCGAGGGGCCUACGUUGCCAGCAAGGAGCGCAUGACACUGCAUGGGAGUGCCGGUCAUGUGAACGGCAGCACUCUCCGGGCGCGUAAUGUGCUGCAACACGGAUUGAAGGGCUGGGCUGAUAAGAUCGACCUCGGAGCGCUGGAUGAGAAGGAAAGGGCUCGCGCUGAGAACAUGCGGAGAAUGCUUGUAAAGAUGGGCGAGGAAGCGGGGGAGGUGGGAUACUCCCUCGAGGGGUGA